UUCUUCCAGAACACUAUAAUUACACAUCUUCAAAUGUAAAUGCUGGUUUGCCUCUAAAUGUGGCACAUUCCUCAUUGUCUACUCCAUGUCAUGGCCUUCAGACAUCAAAUCCAGUCAUUUCAGUUGUCCCAUCAACAAAUCAUCCUGCUGGAUAUGGAGGACAUAUUGAUGGCGGAGCCUCUGAAUAUUACCUGCCUCCAAACAUCAGACCCAAUGGAGCUCCAGCACUAGAGAGUCCCAGAAUUGAGAUCACUUCUUACAUGGGACUUCACCAUAACAACAGCCAGUUUUUCCACGAUGAGGUGGAGGAGGCCAUCCCAAACGCAAAGCGACCGCCCUCCACUGCCACACUGAACUUGCCGAACAUCGAGGCGUACAGAGACCCGUCGUGCCUGAGUCCAGCGAGUAGCUUGUCUUCCAGAAGCUGCAACUCCGAAGCCUCUUCCUAUGAGUCCAACUACUCAUACCCGUACACUUCGCCCCAGACCUCCCCGUGGCAGUCCCCAUGCGUCUCUCCGAAGACCACGGACACCGAGGAAGGUUACCAGCGCGGCAUGGUGGCCUGCACUCUGCUCAAUUCACCGAGGCACUCUCCGUCGACGUCUCCUCGCACGAGCAUCACGGAGGAAAGCUGGCUGGGGGCUCGCAACUCCAGGCCACCAUCUCCCUGCAACAAGAGGAAGUACAGCCUCAACGGUAGGCAGACCUCCUACUCGCCCCACCACUCCCCCACGCCUUCGCCACAGGGCUCGCCGCGCGUGAGCGUCACGGACGACACCUGGCUGGGCAACACCAACCAGUACACCAGCUCCGCCAUCGUGGCCGCCAUCAACGCGCUCACCACCGACAGCACCAUCGAUAUGAACGACGGGAUUCCCAUUAAGUCGAGGAAGACGGCCAUCGAUCACACGCCCUCCAUGACUCUCAAAACCGAACCGGCUGGCGAGGAGCAUGGGACCAUCUCACCAACUGCUGAUCUAUCACCAGAAGACUUCUCCAGCUUUCAGCAUAUCAGGAAAGGAAACUUCUGCGAGCAGUACCUGUCUGUGCCACAGCACCCGUACCAGUGGGCCAAACCAAAGUCCCUGUCUCCUACAUCCUACAUGAGCCCGUCCCUGCCUGCCCUUGAUUGGCAGCUGCCAUCUCACUCAGGACCUUAUGAACUGCGCAUCGAAGUGCAGCCGAAAUCCCAUCACCGAGCUCAUUACGAGACAGAAGGAAGCCGAGGGGCUGUGAAGGCAUCUGCUGGGGGCCACCCCAUCGUGCAGCUACAUGGUUACUUAGAAAGUGAGCCGCUCACGCUACAGCUGUUCAUUGGGACUGCAGACGACCGCCUGCUGCGACCCCAUGCUUUCUACCAGGUUCAUCGAAUCACAGGGAAGACCGUUUCCACCACCAGCCACGAAACGAUACUUUCCAACACCAAAGUCUUGGAAAUACCACUUCUUCCAGAGAACAACAUGAGAGCAAUUAUUGACUGUGCCGGAAUAUUAAAGCUGAGGAACUCCGACAUCGAGCUGCGGAAGGGCGAGACGGACAUUGGGCGGAAGAAUACGCGCGUGCGCCUGGUCUUCCGCGUGCACAUCCCGCAGUCCAACGGGAGGACCCUGUCUCUGCAAGUAGCAUCCAACCCCAUCGAGUGCUCUCAGAGAUCUGCCCAGGAAUUGCCCCUGGUGGAGAAGCAAAGUAUUGACAGCUUUCCUGUUAUUGGAGGGAAGAAAAUGGUACUGACUGGCCACAACUUUCUGCAAGACUCCAAAGUCAUCUUUGUGGAGAAAGCACCAGAUGGUCACCAUGUGUGGGAAAUGGAAGCCAAAACCGACAAAGAAAUGUGCAAGCCAAACUCGUUGGUGGUGGAGAUACCACCUUUCCGCAAUCAGAGAAUUACCAGUCCUGUUCAGGUCAACUUCUACGUCUGCAACGGAAAGAGAAAGAGAAGCCAGUACCAGCUUUUCACCUAUCUUCCUGCUAAUGUUCCAAUUAUAAAAACAGAACCCACAGAUGACUAUGAGCCUGCUCAAACCUGUGGACCAAUGAACCAAGGCUUAAGCCCUCUCUCUAAGCCGUACUACAGCCAACAGAUCAUGAUGCCCCCCGACCCUGGUUCGUGCCUUGUGGCUGGCUUCGCCUCCUGUCAGCAGAGAAACGCCGUGAUGACACCUUCUCCCACCGCAAGCCCCAAGCUGCACGACCUUUCCUCCUCUCCUUACAAGUGCAUCCCCAACCCGGGCCACGGCCACCUUGGACUUCAGCAGCCCGCUGGAGGUGUCCCCACCAUACAGGAAGUGCCAAGGUCUAUAGUUGUGCACCCAAGCUCUCCCGAGCAAUCAUCUCACAUCAUGCUGCAGCCGCAGGUGAGUCAACAUCUGAGCAGUAGCUGUCCCCUUGGUUACCAACAAACACUCUAUCCCAACAGUCCCUCUUCUCCAGUUCCAUCUGUUACCCAAGAGCCAACCUAUUUGCAGUCCUGCAGUCCAACUCAUUCAUCCAUAAUGGGUCAACAGCAGCAGCAACUGCCGAAGGUUCACAGAAAUGAGUCUCCAACAAACCAACCACUGUCAUUGCCAGAGUUGCAUGAGGAAAGUAAUCAUAAUUUGGCCCCUAUUCCUGUAACGAUCAAGCGAGAACCUGAGGAAUUGGACCAGAUGUACCUGGACGAUGUAAAUGAAAUUAUAAGGAAUGACCUUUCCAGUACCAACGUCCAUUCAUAGCUUGCAAUGCUGGCCUAGCAUGAAACCCACACUUUUGACUUAGCUGGUGUGUGUCAGCUAGAGCACAGAGACACCGCGUAGACUGAAGACAUUGCCUGGUACCACUGCCGCCUUCCACCUCACUGAACGUUAAGAACUGAAGAUUUGCCUCUUGCUCACAAAGAAGUGGUUCUUCAGCGGAUGAAAUACCUUCUUUAAAGAAAAUCAUCUCAAGAGGAGGGAAAAAAAAAUAAAAAAGGAGGGAUAAAACUCCAAGAUGGCGCAUUUCAUGGGACAAAACUAGGAAACUCAGCAAAAUCUGAUUGCUUCUUCCCAGUGCUGGUCUUUUUGGCAUGGCAUCGCUGGAAUACAGCCCUGGAAGUGCCUUAUUUUACCAGGUUGUGGCAUCGGGGCAUUUUUAAUAAGCUUUGAAUUUGCUCUCAUUAAAAGUGCUGGUAGGCGCAGAAGCGGUAGAGCUUGCAUUCUGGAGAGUGAUAUUUG